GCAUCGCUGGUAGCAGAGGUUUGCGAACAAAGUGGACUCCAGAUUAGCCCUGCAUUAUCGCAGGCGGCUCUCCAGCAUUUUGAGGGCGCAGGUCUGCUGCAAUCGAGAGGUCGCGAUGUUAGCCUGCAAGCCGCCGAGGGCGAGGCCGACGUCCCUUUGAAGAGCCUCUACACAGACGUUCCAUUCCUGGAGGCAGUGGCAAAGAAGCGGAUGGAUCGCCGAAGGCAGCGGCAGCAGGCCAGAGAAUCGGCGAAGCGCCGCAAACGGCAGCGGACAGAUCGUAGCCUUGCGCAGCUUUGGUAUUCAGUCUUCAGCCUGGUUUUCGCCGAAUUUUCUGCCCGGAUGAGAACCUGGGCACCUCGACCGGCUUCUCCCUUGCUGCUUGCCUGUCUUCUCCUACUCGGAGCGAGUGCUCUACUUCCGGAGGCAUUUAGCACGCCCGGUCCGCGGCGCUGCAACUUGGCCCAGCCAAGGAAGGCAUCACCCUCCGAGCCUGCGGCAAGGACCGGAGACAGCUCUGGGUUCGCUACUCCCAUCUCGGCGGGCGCGGUGGCUUGCUUGUUGCUGCUGGCAUCCGCCCUCCCCAACGCCGCAGUGGCGCAAGACUUCUUCGGGGGUGGUGGACCUGACGACGGAGUGGACCGUCGCUCCUUGAUUGAGAGGAGUCCACCACAGCCACCGCCGGCAGACGAUAAGGCGCCGGACAUCGCCCCGGAGGAACGCGAGCGGAGAAGGACCACACCAUCCACGGAGAUCUCGAACGAGGAGUGGUAUAAGUACGGCAAGGAGGUGUUUGUUGCCAAAUGUGCCGGGUGCCACCCUGGUGGCAUGAAUCAGAUCCGCAUUUCAAGGGGUUUGAACGUGGAAGAUUUGGAACGAUGGGGGCUCUUGAAGGAGCCUCAGAAGAUUACAGAGAUCAUUCGCUAUGGGCAAGGCACCAUGCCAGGCUUUGCUGCAGACUGUCCUGAGAAGAGCGGCGUCGAGCGAUGUGGCGUCGUCGUUCCGCUCGAUGAGGCCACGCUCAUUGAUGUGGAGGAUUUCAUGAUGAACCGUGCGAAUUCGGGCUGGAGGGGGCGCGGUUGA